UGAGCUCACAGAAGACGAGAUGAACAACCUGAUGCCUUACCUGGAAUUUAACGGAAGUGGGAAGGUCACCAUACAAUCGAUAAUGGAGGGCCUGAAGAAACUUAAACCGAAAGGAAUAAUGAGUCUGCACAAGUUGUUAAGAACUGUCAGUGGUAUUAACGAAAGAGUCUCUGGCCAAAUGGCAGUUUCAGGAAUUAAAUCAACCCUGAAGCUGAAGCCCCUGAAAGCACCUCUCUCUCACAGGAGAGAUAGAGCAUAUCUUCCAGGUUAUUUACAACACAAAGAAUCGAAGCUGAGCCCUUCACAACUGGAAGCCUUCCAAAAUGCUUACAACUACUUCACCAAGGAUAAAACUGGCUGUAUUGAUUCACAUGGAUUGAUGAGCACCUUAGCUAAACUGGGGAUGAAUCUAAACACAUAUGAUAUCUAUAAUGAAUUAAAAUGUGCUGAUCUUGACAGAGACGGUAAGAUCAACUUCUCUGACUUUAUAGAGGUGCUGACAGAUAAGAAACUCUUCCUCAAGGCUGUGGUUCCAGAAAAGAAACUGUGUUUAGAUUUAGCUAACAACCCAGGGAUCUUAUUAUUUGAAAUCCUGUCGAAACUUGUAGAGACGUCAGCCCUGCACAGAAAGGAUAUAAUAGAGCUAGUAAGCUAUUUCCGAAAAAAGUUCCAGGAAAGCAACACAGAACGACUGUGGAGUCCUCGAAGGGGCUUUAGGGCAGACAUGUGCACUCCUCCACGCUCAAGCACCGCUGCCUUUGCCAACUCAGCCAGGAUCUCCAUCAUGAAAGAAAGGGAUCUGUACAAGUUUCUAGAAGCGCUCAAGCGGUGCGAUCUCCCUACAGGUAGCCCGUACUCAAAAAUACCUAUCUUUCCACUGUUCCCCGAUGUGGACGGGAUGGUGAUGGGAAGGCCAUUCAAAGACAUACAGAAAUUAGAGAUGCUAAGGAGAAAGGAACCACUGAGUUUCUUUGAGGACUAUUUUUUCCAUAAAAGAGAUUGGAAAGCACAGGCUGCAGCUGUAAAACCUAUCAAGUCGGCCUCAGGCUAUUCAGAUGACAUCCUAGCCAUUGACCAUCUAUUCAAGAAGAAGCAUCACUGGACAGUAUCUGAUGCAGCGGCUAUCAAACAGCACGUAAAGAGAGCCACGGACACCUAUAACUUAGGAAUUGCACUUGAGCACCGGAAAGAAAUGCUGAAUCUCUGGAAAAAGAUCCGAGGGGAUUUGAUUGGGAUUGAAACCAACAACGAGUCCUUUUACAACACCUUUUCUACGUACACGUGGUCCUGGAAUGUCUGCCAAGAACUGCUUUCCCCUAAGGACUUGCGCUUGCAUGAUGCCUACGCCAACAGAAACUCCUCGGGAAAUUCCGGACUAUCUUCCCCAUCAGACUUCAGUGAGUGUGACCUGGAGACAGGAAGGAAAAGGAAGCGGAAAGGUUUCAGGGGAUUUCGGCAAUGA